UCCCCUGCUCGUGUGUGUGUGCACGCGCUCUCUCUCAAAAUAAAUAAAUAAACAUUAAAAAAAAGACUAAAAGAAUUUCAUAUCUUUGGUUGUAGCAGUGGUCUGGGUAACAUGAGUGUCUAUGUCUUCAGAGCCUUGGGCAGGGGCUUCUCUCAGAGGAAGCACUGCUCAGCACCUAGAAACUUGUGUUCAGGGAGGUUCUCUUCAUCACUAGAAACUGGGGGCUCGAAAACUUGGUUGUUCCUUUGGGUUAAUGUUAUCAAUGACUUCUUGAGGUCUUCUAGAUGAUGUUCUCCAAGCUUUAAGGAAGAAAUCAAGCAAGGAUCGAGGGGACCCGGAGAGGAGCCUUUCUUAAAUGACAACAAUGACAAGAGAAAAUUGGGGCCACAAUGCUCUGAGACAAGAGGGUCUUGUUAAAGGGAAGGAUGAUACUUGGAAAUGGGGAACCAGCUUCCAAGGAAGCAGCUCCUCUGUUUGGGAGACCUCCCACCUGCACUUUAGACAGUUACGUUACCAUGAGACAUCUGGACCCCAGGAGGCACUGAUCCGGCUCCGGGAGCUCUGUCGCCGGUGGCUGAGGCCAGAAGCACGUACCAAGGCCCAGAUCCUGGAGCUGCUGGUCCUGGAGCAGUUCCUGAGCAUCUUGCCUGGGGAGAUUCGGACCUGGGUGCAGAUCCAUCGCCCUGGGAGUGGUGAGGAGGCCGUGGCCCUGGUAGAGGAGCUACAGCAAGACCUCGAUGGACCAGCACUGAAAGUUCCACUUCUUGUUCAGGACCAGGACAUUCUCCAGGAGGGGAUGAGUACUCCAGGAGCAGCAGUUCCUCAUGCACCCAGUGGCAGCCACAUAGCUGAAAUUUGCCAGAAUCCUUUUACUGACCCAGUGGUGUUCAAUCUCCAGGAUCCUCAACAUGAUUCUCCUGCCCCUGAAGCUUCUGCCCUUUCCCAGGAAGAGAAUCCAAGAAAUCAAUUAAUGGCCCUCAUGCUCCUAACAGCCCAGCCCCAGGAGUUGGUGAUGUUUGAGGAGGUGUCAGUAUGCUUCACUUCAGAGGAAUGGGAGUGUCUGGGCCCAAUUCAGAGGGCCUUGUACUGGGAUGUGAUGCUGGAGAAUUAUGGAAAUGUGACCUCCCUAGAAUGGGAGACCAUGACUGAGAAUGAGGAGGUGACACCAAAACCAAGCAUUUCUCAAAGAGCAGAUUCUCAGAAAGGAACAUCCAAAAGACUUCAAGGAAGUGUUCCCCAGACCCUUGAUUUUGAGGAGGAAUGUGAAUGGCAAAUUGUGGCAAGUCAGUGGGGGACUGAAACAGGAGAAGGAGAUACGCUGAAGAAAGGUCCCCUCUGUGAACGAGAUACAAAGAAAAGGGCUCUACCAGAAAAACAAGGCCAAAAGUGGAAGGAAUUUGGAGAAAGCUUGACUCUAGGUUCAGCUCUUUCUGAAAGUUUAAUAGGUAAUGAAGGAAAGAAGUUUUAUAAAUGUGAUAUAUGUUGUAAACAUUUCAAUAAAAUCUCCCAUCUUAUAAACCAUCGGAGAAUCCACACUGGGGAGAAGCCUCAUAAAUGUAAGGAGUGUGGAAAAGGCUUUAUUCAGCGCUCAAGCCUUCUAAUGCAUUUACGCAACCAUUCUGGGGAGAAACCUUAUAAAUGUAAUGAAUGUGGGAAAGCCUUCUCUCAAAGUGCUUACCUUCUAAACCAUCAAAGAAUCCACACUGGAGAGAAGCCUUAUAAAUGUAAGGAGUGUGGAAAGGGCUUCUAUAGGCACUCAGGCCUUAUUAUACAUCUAAGGCGCCAUUCUGGGGAGAGACCUUACAAAUGUAACGAGUGUGGGAAAGUUUUCUCUCAGAAUGCUUACCUCAUUGAUCAUCAGAGGCUCCACAAAGGGGAAGAGCCUUAUAAAUGUAACAAGUGUCAGAAAGCUUUCGUUCUGAAGAAGAGCCUCAUUCUACACCAGAGAAUCCACUCUGGGGAAAAACCCUAUAAGUGUGAUGAAUGUGGGAAAACCUUUGCUCAGACCACUUACCUUGUUGACCAUCAGCGACUCCACAGCGCAGAGAACCCGUACAAAUGUAAAGAAUGUGGAAAAGUUUUCAUUCGAAGCAAAAGCCUUCUCUUACACCAGAGAGUACACACAGAAAAGAAGACUUUUGGUUGUAAAAAAUGUGGGAAGAUUUUCAAUUCAAAGUCAAACCUCAUUGACCAUAAGAGGAUGCACAGCAGAGAGAAACCAUAUAAAUGUACUGAAUGUGGGAAAGCCUUUACUCAGAGUGCUUACCUUUUUGACCAUCAGAGACUCCACAAUGGAGAGAAACCCUAUGAAUGUAAUGAAUGUGGGAAAGUUUUUAUUUUAAAGAAGAGCCUCAUAUUACAUCAGAGGUUUCACACUGGAGAGAAUCUCUAUGAGUGUAAAGACUGUGGCAAGGUCUUUGGUUCUAACAGAAACCUCACUGACCAUGAGAGACUCCACAAUGGGGAGAAGCCCUAUGAAUGUCGAGAGUGUGGGAAAACUUUCAUUAUGAGCAAAAGUUUCAUGGUCCAUCAGAAACUACAUACACAGGAGAAAUCCUACAAAUGUGAGGAUUGUGGGAAGGCUUUUAGUUACAAUUCAAGUCUGCUCGUACAUCGGAGAAUCCACACUGGGGAAAAGCCCUUUGAAUGCAAUGAGUGUGGAAGAGCUUUCAGUUCAAACAGAAACCUCAUUGAACAUAAGAGAAUCCACAGUGGUGAGAAACCCUAUGAGUGUAAUGAGUGUGGUAAGUGCUUCAUUUUGAAGAAAAGCCUCAUUGGACAUCAGAGGAUUCACACAAGGGAAAAAUCUUAUAAAUGCAGUGACUGUGGGAAAGUCUUCAGUUACCGCUCAAACCUUAUAGCCCAUCAGAGAAUCCAUACUGGUGAGAAGCCCUAUGCGUGUAAUGAAUGUGGGAAAGGCUUUACUUACAACAGAAACCUUAUUGAACAUCAAAGAAUUCACAGUGGGGAAAAAACCUAUGAAUGUCAUAUAUGUAGAAAAGUUCUUACCUCUAGUAGAAAUCUUAUGGUACAUCAAAGAAUCCACACUGGAGAGAAGCCAUAUAAAUGUAAUGAGUGUGGAAAAGACUUUAGUCAGAAUAAAAACCUUGUUGUACAUCAGAGGAUGCACACCGGGGAAAAACCAUAUGAGUGUGAGAAGUGUAGAAAAUCUUUUACUUCUAAGAGGAAUUUAGUUGGCCACCAGAGAAUCCAUACAGGGGAGAAACCAUAUGGGUGUAAUGAUUGUAGUAAAGUUUUUAGGCAGAGAAAAAACCUUACUGUACAUCAGAAAAUUCAUACAGAUGGAAAACUCUGUGAAUGUGAUGAGUCUGAAAAGGAAUUCUCUCAGACUUCAAACCUUCACCUUCAACAAGAAAUCCAUACUGUGGAGGGAUUCUCUUGGCUCCAAAAUGCCAAUGAGUCUAAGACAGAGAUUCAGAAAAUCUAGUGUCAUAUGUAAAAUGGGAUAGAAUUCCAACCUACCUAAGUAACUGUUAGACAAAUGGCAGUAUAUCAUUCUUGCAAGGAAAAAAAAUCAUGAUUGACUCUUUUGUAAACCAGUGAUUUGCAUGUGGAAGAAAGCUAAUGUAGACUUUCAAGACUGCAACAACGUAAACCAAAUUCUAGUUAAAGAAUACUUUGUUCCAGGCCAUUUGUUAUGACUCUAGAAAGGGACCUUAGAGCAAUUAGACUCUGAAAAAAAUUUAUGAGAUGUAAUAAUGUAGUUGUAAAUGAUAGCAAAAAUAUUUUUGUAUUAAAAAAUGGACAUUGUUUCUGAAAGUGUGUAAAUUGUACAUUUUAAAAAUUGCAUCACUGCUACAGAAAGUCUCUGUGGACAGUAUGAUCGAGACAUGUCAGACAUGGAUGUGGGUGGGCAAGAGUCUGCUGUUUGAGGGCAACUUAAGAAGAGUGCUGUAUUUGGAAUUAGAAGACCUAGUUUUAGGUCCUGGCUCUUUCUCUUACUAGCUAUGUGAUGUUGUUAAGUCAGUUUCUAGGCCUCAGUUUCUCUGUCAGUGAAAUGUUGAUAUAAUGCCUACCUCACACGGUUUGAGGAUUAAGUAAAGGAUGUUUGUGAAUGUACUUUGUGAAAUAAUUUAGUUGUCAAUAAAGUUGGAUAAAAGAGGUAUGGUCAAAAUACAGAA